AUGGGUCAAUUAUUAUCACAUCCAUUGACUGAGAAGAGUAUUGAGUAUAAUGAUUACAAACAGUUUGCUAAUUUUGUUGAUUCAGAUCGGAAGCUCAUAACUCCAAGAUUUUUCAAUUGUGUUGGCUCAAUGCAAGGCUAUAGAUUAACACAAGAGGAUGCACAUUUAAUAUUGAAUGAGAAUGGCAGUUCAGAUAAAGUUAGGGUUAGAUUCUAUAAUCCUUUUGAGAAUAGAGUGGAAUACUUGAAACUUACGAUGUUUGGGGUAUUUGAUGGCCAUGGUGGUAGUGAAUGUUCGCUAUAUUUAAGUGGUCAACAUCCACAUUACCAUCAUCGUAAUAAUAAUAAUAGUAGUAGCAAUGAAAGUAACUCCUCAUCUGCAAAGGAUGCUCAUAUGAGUGGUAAGCAUUCUAGUCAUUCUUACCAUCAGGGGAUUGCUAAAUGGAUUGUAUAUUGUUUCGAAAAUCAUGAGUAUGGUGCUUAUGAUGUUUCCGUUGAGCAUGUGGCAUUUAAACGAAAGUUUAGAACUAUUGAAGGUUUGAUUUCUCAGAUUAUAAAAGAUGCAUUUAUAUUACAAGACCAAGAGCUGUAUUCAUAUUUUGCCAAAAGUUCAUGCGGUUCUACAGCUGUAGUUGCAAUUAUCAUAAACGACAAAAAUCUCUAUGUUGCCAACACCGGUGAUUCCAGAUCCAUUCUGUGCUCCAAGUCGGAAGGAAUCAAAACAAUGUCCUUUGAUCAUAAACCUCAACAUAUAGGUGAAUUACUUCGUAUUAAUGAUGGAGGUGGGACAGUCUCGUUGGGUAGAGUGGGGGGUGUAUUAGCUUUAAGCAGGGCGUUUAGUGAUUUCCAAUUCAAAAGAAAUGUUCAAUAUAAUACAAAUUCAAAAAAAUCUCAUUUAUCUUCACCACAUGAGCACACAAAUAAAAACCUUAAAAACACAGGAAUACCACCACAAGAAGCUCAAGUCACUGUUGAACCAGAUGUUUUAAUGCAUAAAUUAAGUUAUUCUAGAGAUGAAUUUUUAGUCCUUGCUUGUGAUGGUAUAUGGGACGUAUACAGCAAUAAACAGUUAUCACAAUUUAUUAAAUAUUAUCUAACAUUGGGAAUGAAACUAGAUACAAUAAUGACAAAAUUACUAGAUCAUGGUAUUGCUCAAGCAAACAGCGAUACAGGUGUCGGUUUUGAUAAUAUGACAGCAAUCAUUAUAGCGCUAAAUAAACCUGGGGAGUCUCUAGCAGAAUGGUAUACAAGAAUGAAAUCAAGAUUAGAACGUGAAAAGGGCCUACAUUGA